AGAACAAAGAUAGAAAUGACUUGGAGGAAACAUCAAAGUUGCAGUUCUUCUUCCAAAAGGCCAAAGAUUGGAAAGUCCAAGGUGUCCUUCAAAAAAGAGUCACUUCUUCUGGCCAAGCACGAAGGCAGGAAGCCGCUUACUGGAAAGGCGAAGGGAGAGAGCAGCUCCAGGCGAAAACUCGGCCGGACGGAGAUUCCCGCCAAAAUGGUGCCCGGGCGGCGGGCGCUCUCGUGGGCUGCGCUCGCGCUGGUCCUCCUCCUCGUGUGCCUGAGUCCCGGUGUAUCAAGAGGAAAUAAACUUAAGCUGAUGCUCCAAAGACGGGAAGCUCCUGUUCCGGUUAAGGCAGAUGUGUCUGUCAAAGAAGAUAAGGCCAAGGAGUUUUUGAGCAGCUUGAAACGUCAGAAGCGGCAGCUGUGGGAUAGGAGUCAACCAGAUGUACAGCAGUGGUAUCAGCAAUUUCUCUACUUAGGCUUUGAUGAAGCAAAAUUUGAAGACGAUGUCUCCUACUGGUCAAACCUAGGCCGUAGUGGCCAUGAAUAUUACGGUGGUUAUUACCAUCACCAUUAUGAUGAAGACGCACCUAUUGGCCCACGAAACCCACAUACCUUUAGGCAUGGAGCAAGUGUCAAUUAUGACGAUUAUUAAUCUCAUCUUUCCUUCUCUGGAUUAGAACGCCAGGAAGACGGAUACCGCCCAAAGGUGCCUCUUACGCUUCUUUGAAAUUAACUAAGUUUGUUAUAAACAUUAAUAACAAAAAAAAAAGUUAUGGAAUGUUUUUAUAUCCACUCAGUAGCAUAACAUGUAUAAACGUUAGCAUUAAAAUUUCUUGAUAAGUAUUCUUCCCAGUAUUUUUGGUGAAAUUAUUGUAAGACAGCAUGGUUACCUUAUGAGAUUUCAGUUAUCUUGAAGGACAGCAAGUGGUAUAUGGCUUUGGUAACAUCAAUGCGGCCCCCCCAAAAGUGUGAAUUGAUAAUCAGACUCUAAACAUUCAUAUACUGGCAGAAACAAUUGCUUACAGGGUUGCAACAAUAACUUAAGAGCCUGUUGGAUCAGGCCAUCCAGCAUCCUCUUCUCACAGUGACCAACCCCCCAGAUGACUAUGGCGCACCCGCAAAGGGAACUUGAGCACAACAACACUCUCCCCUCUUGUGGUUUCCAGCAACUGGUAGGACUAUCUUCCAUGACUUUGUCAAAUCCUGUUUUUAAAGAUGUCCAAGUUGGUGGCCCUCAAAAUAGUUUGUCUUCAAUCUUCCAAGUUAGCAUGGGUGCCAUCAUUAUACUGUUAUAGUAAUGUUCUACUACUUUAAAUAAAACAGUACGAUACUGUU